CCAGAGAAGGAAACAACACCGUUCGACAUCCCUUGUUUUACAAACGAUCGUAACCGUCAUACAUGCACUAUGUAUAAAACUGUUAGGAGAAUUUGAACGGAAAACAGUUUUUGUUAAAUGUGUCCAAAUCUUGUUGACUGGUCCUCUUUUUUUACUUAUGCCCAGAUGGCUACUUUUUAUUCUAUUUCAAUCCUAAGACAAUCACUGAUUGUCUUAAAUGCUAGCCUCUCGUAAGGACCGCAAUAUUUUCUCAUCGCAAUACUAUUCUCGAGGAAAACCAAUAUAAUACCCCAACCCUAAACCCUAACCCUAACCCACUUUUUGUCUGUUUUCUUGUCUUUCAUCACGUCACAACAGAUGAUUUUUAGAAGUUUAAAAUAUCUAAGUCGGGUGGGCCUACUAAAAAAUUUCGUGCCAUUCAAAUUUCAUUGCGUGCGCAUUAAGCAAGCACGAAAUAAAACGUGACACUACAAUUCGUUACCAAUCCUGUUCGAUUCAUAUGAUUCCCUUUUUUCCGGCCUGUGAAGUGAAGGGUAACGAAGAAGACUAAUGACCUUGUUUAGGUUGGCUGGAGAAGGAGAAUGAGUGUGAGUCUGGAAAGACAGAGCACCAAUCCCAGGGCACAAGACAGGAAACGAGAUCAAGAAAACAUGGAAGUGGAAUCAUCAGGGACAGGUGUGUCUAAACUCUCCACCUAUACCACACUUAAAGAAAACAACAGAGCCUUGGCGGCAGCUCUUGAGGAUACCCAACAAGAACUUUGCCUUCUUCAGCAAGAAAAUGUCCAACUUAAAAAGCAAAUCUAUGACAGUCAUUUAGCAUUUGUGGAGAAAACAAAAGAAUUAGAACAACAACUGAAUUCCCUUGAGAAGAUCUCGGGAGAGGAUUUUGCUUUGAAAGCGGAGGCUGGAAUUAAAGAAGUCCAUAAACUCCUGAACCAUUCAUGUAGUAAGUUUGUUCAAGGUUCAAACUUUUUGUCAGAAGCCCUUCAUCUUCUUAGCUCUCUUCACACUCAAGCUGAAGGACAGAAGCAGAAAACUAUUCAUGUAGUAUCAAACAAUGCAUCUCCUUAUGUGGACCCUGCCUCCAACUGUGUGUGUACCACUCCUCCGCCAGAUGACCCAUCAGCAAUGGAGAUUACAGAUGUACAAUCAACUAUCAUUGAGAACAAUGAGAUUUUCAUCAAAAACUUGGACAGAGAAAAAGGAAUGUUAUGUAGCAUUGAGGCCCAAAAUGAAACAGGGAAGGAAUCCAGUCAGUCCCAGCUUCCUAGUCGGCGGGCAAAGAGAAAAAGCACCAAAGGUGUCAGUUAUGUAGAACCAGGACUUCGCAGCAAAUUGCGUAGAGGAGACCCAUUUACCGACAGCAGAUUGUUUGGUGAUGAAAACCAAAUGAAUGCAACACGAAAGAAAAAGAAAAGUUUGACAAGGGGAACCACAAUUCUACCUAUAAUGGGAAAAACAGUAAGUGUGUGUGUUUCAUUCCCAUAUUUGUUUGAGAUGAAAGUGUUUAAUUCUGAGUCACCUUGUCUGGCUCUAAGUAUUCAUAAACGUUCUCCUUUCUUUAGAAAAAACGUGCUCCCCUGGCAAAUCUGACAAACAUCAUCGUUGAAGAAACCUAAAGAUGUCUUAUUAGAAACUUCCCAUGCAAGAAUUGAACAGCAUCAAACAAUAUUUAUUACUCAGGGUGUUUAUUCAAAAGAGGAUUAUGUCUUGUACAUAGAGGAUAUUUUUGUUAUGAAAAAUUGAUCUUUUUUGGUGUAUUUCGAUUAAAUUCAUUUAUUUACAAA